UAUGUAAUUCUUGAGUUAAGCUCGCCGGCAAUAACUCAACAAAUGAAAUUCAAUACAGUAUUUUCACCUCCAGCGUAUACAGCACAAACAUUUACAGCACCAACAUAUACAGCACCUACAGUACCAACAUAUACAGCAUCUACAGCACCUUUUACAAUGCCAACUUCUACAGUUCCACAACAGCAGGUUAUUCUAAUUGCAGGAAAUACAUCUACAUUACCAUUAAGCGAUGGUGCACAAAAUACCCAAAUGAUUUCAAUAGAUCCUUCACAAUUAAAUCAAAUAUUAGCUGUUACUCAACAACGGCGAUACCAGCAAUACUAG